GACGCGUGCAAGUCUGUUAACUGAGGCUAACGCGAUGACCCCUUCCCUCUCUGAUUACUUUAUUUUUUCUCUACUAAGUCCAUAAUUCUGCAAUCUCUCCUGGAGCACACAUAAUUUUUUAUCUAUUAUUGGUCAGUAGUAAAUCGCCCCAGAAGGGAUUUUCAUACACCAAGUCUUCUGUCCUCUCGCAUAGCAACUAUCUUCGACAAGGAAAAAAGAUACAGACGUGCUGUGAUCACUGGUCCCUAUUACCAUUCACCCAGAAAUUCAAAAAUCUCAAUAUGCCGAGACCGCCUAUGAAGCGUCAUCGCUUGACGUCUAAGGCCCCGCUUGCGUUAGAAAAGGAACCUCAGCAGGGCUCCGAACAACAUGAUAUAAACUGGGUGAAGGAACUCGAGACUCCAGCAAGCACCGGUCAGAAUAUCGAGAUGCCUUCUCAUCUGCAUACUGGUGCUCAGGCCUCAGAAAUUGUCCGGCAAUCCCAUCACCAAACACCUGUGGCUAGAGCUCAAGAAUAUGCGAUUGAAUCGUCGCCCGUGGGAGACAGAGGAGCUACAGGUAGCCGGCCGGCCACAAGAGCUCGCGGUUACUCAUCCACUCUUUCUGUUGUCGGAAGAAAAGGCGAUGCUUGCUCAAAGGUUCCAGGUACUCCCGCAUUCGAAAGUUCGAUGUUAAGUAAUUUUAGAAGACGACCCCGGCAACCUAGCAUCCUACAGAUGAUGCAGGCAGAUGAAGGUUCCUCUGAUCUUGAUGAUGAUGUUUUCCUUGGCGGAUUGAGCCCCGAAGAUGAGUCUACGCCUUUGGAUUCUUCGAAGGGUAAAGCACUUCUCAUGAGACAUGCUGCACCACCAUCGCCUAGCCUUCCAGCAUCAUCGAGUGGCGGAUCACGGAAGCGCAAAAUGCCAUUUGAGGAGUCACGAGCUCUACAGCUCCAUGCGGAGGUUAUGGAAUAUUCUCCCGCCAUUUCAUCUCGUUCGAGCCAGUGGCAUUGCGAGCACAAUGUGCCCGUGGAUUCUUUCCGAGCCCCAGCAUCACCUGAAGCAUCGAGUCAAACUUUGGCGCCGCCUCUGAGUAGCAGCCCGCCUCUCAGCCCGACAAGUACGGUCUCUACUCCAGUUCCAGCACAACUCAAGCGUAUAAAUAUGCCUGCCGAGCAUGUAACCAGUAAGACGAUAAACUUGCCGACCUCCACUCUUCAAGUCAGGCUUCUACCUCGAAGGAACAACACGAAGCGUAAACGCUUGCGUGCAAAGGAGCCCAAGGUUCCCAGUGACCCUACUGACAGUGAUCGCUUGACCCCCGAGCAGGAUGAUGUACAUUCUGUACCGACCAAAAGGCCAUCCCGGAGUCGACGAGAGCACAUACGCAAGAAGAAACCCGCAGGGAGUGUCUUGACUGCAGAGGAAACGCAAACGACAGCAGGCACUGCUGGAAGCCGGGUAAUCGGCAAUCAGAAUCAUGUUACACGUUCAUCACAUUCAAACGUUACCGCGGAGGCUUCUGGAACAUGUGAGGAAGGACACCAAGCGAUGACAUACAGUCGAGAUUCUUUGGAAACUACUGGUGUCGUGAAUGAGAUCCAAUCCGGAGAUGUGCCAUCACCCUUGUCAUCACUAGAUUCAGAGGCGUUCAAGUCCGACUUGCAGUCGGAAUCAAACCCGGAGGUUCCUUUUCUAAGCGAGGAGCUAAGGCUCCAGGCGAAAAAAUUCGCGGAUGUUGAUAAGUGGCAACUUGAUUUUGAAGAUGUGAUUCCUCCUGCCAGUCAAGGUAGUGAUGUCUCCAGGUAGUCAAAAUCCAAUGCCAAAUGCAAUGCCAACAAUCUACUGUGGACAUCAAUUUGGUCCAAAAUGAACGGGUUAUUUUAACUCUCACAAAUUCGUGCUAGAAAGUCAAUGGAUGUGUUGGGAUUAUAUGGCCGUCCAAGUGUAGUGUGUAG